GGGCCAGGGGGCCUCGUGCGGACGGCGCGGAGCGCUGAUUGGCCGGGCGGCGCGGCCGGACAGAACCCGGAUGUGCCCGGCGGCCGUGCUGGCAGUCGGCGCCGGGUCUGCCCCCGGUCGGCGGUCGGGCUGAUGGCGCGGGGCUGGGCCGGCUUCUCCGAGGAGGAGCUGCGGCGGCUGCGGCGCGGAAGAGAUCCAUUUGAACCACAGCAGUGUCUUCCCGUGAAGAAAAGUCAACAACUUCAGCGAAGAAAAGCUCUUCAAGAGCAAAGCCAGAAACUUGGACUUCAGGAUGGAUCGACCUCAGGACCUCCAGAGCAGCUGCUUCCUGCCCCAGACCAGAGGCUUGAUGCUCCAAAACCACAUUCCUCUCCCCGUCCUGCCCCUGGUCCCCUUACUCUCACCUCUCCUGGGGCUGACGGAGAACCGCAGGGUGUUGGCAGUCGGCCAGGGACCCUGGGGCUUGAGAAUUCCCAUGACGGCCUCAGAAGUGCGGAGGCUCUGCCCCCCAAGCCAGACUGCACACCGGGAGAAAAGAAAGUGGAAUUGCAGGAGAAGUCUCGUUGGGAAGUCCUCCAGCAAGAGCAGCGGUUAAUGGAGGAGGAGAACAAACGCAAGAAGGCCCUGCUGGCCGAGGCCAUCGCCGAGAGAUCUAAAAGAACUCAGGCAGAGACCAUGAAACUGAAGCGCAUCCAGAAGGAGUUGCAGGCUUUAGACGACAUGGUGUCCGCUGACAUCGGGAUCCUCAGGAACCGGAUCGACGAGGCCAGCCUGGAGUACGCAUAUGCUCGGAAGCGGUUCGACAGGGCCGAAGCCGAGUACGUCACAGCAAAGCUUGACCUGCAGCGCAAGACGGAGGUCAAAGAGCAGCUCACCGAGCACCUUUGCACAAUCAUCCAGCAGAACGAGCUCCGCAAGGCCCGGAAGCUGGCGGAGCUGCUGCGACAGCUGGACGUUCAGGCUGAUGAGGGCACCCUGGGGCUGGAGGCGGAGGCGGCGAGGUCGACGGCGGAGCGAGAGGCCGACGCCCGGAAGGAGGUGCUUCGUCCAGGCCGGCCGUGCCCGCCUGCAGGGAACAGUGUGGCAUUAGGGUUUGCCGGCGAGAACGAGAGGCAUCAGGAGCAGGCCGUCUCCCCAAAGGCAGGCGAACGGUGCAGGCAAGCCGGUGGCAGUCGCCGUCCUGAGCCAGACGGCCCGCGGCCGGAAGUCAGCCCUGCCGCAGGUGGUGCCCCGGCGGCUCUGACCGCCUGACGCGCCCUGUGCGCUUGAACUGACACGGGCGCCGUUCAGUAAGUCCUGCCGUGGGUCAUGCCGGGACCUCGGAUUGAAACAGCAGUCGCUUCGAAUCCGUGGUUGGCUUUAGUGUAACAUGUUUGACCCAACGGGGCUCAUUCGUAAUGCACAAAAUGUGUACUUUUGUAACAGGGCCACUGUUUUCCUUGACCUUGGCCCAGCCCCCCCGUGCACCUUGCUACCGGCUGAAACGAGCAGUUGACGAGCAUGUCAGAAGCUGCCUGGGUGGCAGUGGUGUCUGGACCAGGCAGGCAGAUGUAAACCCAGCUGAACUCACCUUCUCCUGGCACAGUGUUGAGAAACAGUCGUUUGUAAUCAGAGGAGAGGCGCAGGAUUACGUGAGGAAGAGACAGAGCCAGCAGCAGCCCCAGUAGGAGCCGGGCCAGCCGCUGGGUCUCAGCGGAGCCGCAGACACCCCGACGUCACCGCUCCGCUUGGCGGGGCCCCUUCGUGCCCAGCCUCCUUCUGGGUGGCUGUGGUUUACAGCCGUGCGUUCGGUCACUUGAUACACACAAAUGUGUGUGAAGUGUACCAUAAUACAGAUAAUUUUACUAUUAGUAUGUUAUCUUUAAUCAGCACAUUGAUUAAAUUUAGACAAUGAAAACACUUCUCUGGUGAGGCUGAAAAUUAUGUAGAAAAUCUUAUUGUUACUUCUGAUUAUCCAAAAAAUUGAUUUUCCUUUGUUAUCUGUAAAUAUGUUUUACAUGUUGUAUAUAAAUUAUCCUGUCAUAAAGCAUUUAAAUUGCUAAAAUGGCUAUUUUCUUUCUGCUUGACUAGUUUGUUAAUUACAUCACUAGUAUUUGACUGCUGUAUGUGAAUGUGUAAAAAGAUUGUAGUUUUGUCAUGAAAUCCAUGAAUAUCACACUAAAUUGAUGGUCUUUUUAUCAACUAUUCCAAGUACAAAUAUUACAUAUAAGUCUAAAACACCAUGAUAAAAGAGGAUGACGACAACGUAA